AUGGGUGCCAUUCCUGAAGUUGACCCCGAUGAGCCCGUCGAGACCAAGCCCUUCAAGUUCGUGACUGGCUAUGACGCUCGUUUCCCCCAGCAGAACCAGACCAAGCACUGCUGGCAGAACUACGUCGACUACCACAAGUGUGUCACCGCCAAGGGCGAGGACUUCCGCCCAUGCCGCCAGUUCUACCACGCCUUCCGCUCUCUCUGCCCCAAGGCCUGGACUGACAGAUGGGACGGCCAGCGCGAGGCUGGUAACUUCCCCGCUCGUCUCGACCGGUAG